AGUGCAGUAGAUUUGAAGUACGAAAAUCGGAAAACUCAAAUGUUUCACAAGCAAUUUAUGUGUCGACUGGCAAGCAAAGUUAAACAGUUAGCCGCCGGACGGUCGUCUCUUAAAAAUCGGUGUUAUGUAAAUAGUGUUCAGGAUUCGUCGAACAUUGCAGCAAAUCAACUACAAUGUAUCCCGCCCUACCUAACUCUACAUGGCACAUGGCCGGUAGAUGAUCGAUCAAGCUUCCUUGCAGACAUGACCGUUAUUCCUAAUUUUAUCACUGAAACAGAAGAGAAAACACUGUUGGAAGAAUUAGAACCAUGUCUCAAACGCAUACGGUAUGAGUUGGACCACUGGGAUGAUGCCAUCCAUGGUUACCGAGAGACGGAACGAAAACACUGGUAUCCCGCUAAUCGGAUCAUAUUCGACCGACUGAAACAAAUGGCUUUUAACGGAGAAACAUUACCGUACAUUCAUGUGUUAGAUUUGACCAAAGAAGGUGUCAUCAAACCACACGUGGAUAGUGUUAGGUUUUGCGGUUCAACAAUUGCUGGGGUUAGCCUUUUAACAGACGCCGUAAUGAGACUGGUCAGAACCAACGACGAGGAGCAAACCAAUGAGGAUUACCGGCAAAUUUUUGCUACCAGUCGGGACAGUAAAUAUUGGGCAGAUAUUUUACUAUCACGGAGAUCACUCUAUAUUAUGAAAGAUUCAGCUCGAUAUAAGUUUACCCACGAAAUACUGGUUGGAGACGAAUCUGUCUUUAAAGAUAGGAAAGUUGAUAAAGGACGGCGAAUUUCAAUUAUUUGUCGAAACGAACCGUAACAAAAUACCGGAAAUGUCUCUAGCUGUUUCAUGCAGUUAUAUCGAACCAAGAAAUAAAAAAAUGGACCUUGCGCCUUUAAGUCUUAGGUAUGGGAUUCUUAAAGUCGAUGGAUUAACACCACCUAAUUUGAAGUAAACAUCGAUCCAAGAGCAGUUUCAUUCUCUGGAACAGGAUGGAAUGGCUCUAGAUGUAAAUAAAUAAAACUAAACAAUUGUAAAUAAAGCUAGAUGCUAUUGUUCUAUUUA